UCAAUUUGUGAUGCCUUCAUUAAAUCGUACACCGAAUCAUUACAUUAGAUUAGUAAAGAGACCAUUGUCUUUAGCUUUAAUCGUUUCCUUACCUCUGUAGUCUUUUACGAUUUGACUAUUAGCUUUUUUAGUGAAAUGCCGCGAAAACCGUGUUAUUGGACGCGAAAAUUAGAGCUGGAUCUCGUCGAGUUCGUGCGACAAAGAGACUUCAUUUGGAAGCCAUAUGGAAACACUAACCAUCACAUACAGCAGAAGUACAAGGCCUAUGCUGAGUUUGCUGCGAAACUGGGCGGUGGAUUUACUGCUCGCUCCGUCCGUGAUCGCUGGGUGAACAUACGAAGUACGUACAACCACAACGUGCGUCGUAUCGAGCGGUCCAGGGAGACUGCCAAGACUCUUGAAGAGGUCUAUGUGCCAUGCUGGCCGCUAUGGAAACCGCUGCAGUUUCUCCGGGAAGGUUCUAGAAAAGAAGAUGUCUAUGAAGGCUAUUCCAUGGACUUCAAAGAAACUGACAAUGUGGAAGUUAAAGUUGAAUUUGAAGACAUGGACAACCCAGAACUUCUACAAAUCCGACAGCGAGGCCAGAGAACUGACCGACCUAGGCGCAGAGCUCCAAUAUCGAAAAAGAAAAAGAAUACCAAGUGUAAAAAAGUCCUGGAUGAUCUCCUUAUUGCUAUGAAGCCGUUAGUGUCCAAUGUUCCUUCGGAGACCAAUAAUUACUGGUUCUUUAGUCGUCAUGUCACUGAGCGAUUGAACAGUAUGAGGGAAGAGGAUGCCCUGGCAGCAGGCCAGGAGAUCAUGAAGCUAUUGGAGUGGCCUGGUACUGACAUUACUUGAAGACAGCUUGGCAGAGUGGGCUUCCAAACCACUAGAAAAAUAUUGAACUCUUCAGCAGCUACUUUUUGAAAUGAUGAACACAAUAUUUUGACAGAAGUUUGACUUCACUUGAAUUCUGAGUAAAUCCUUAAAAUGGUACCAGAAAUGCAUAUAAAUCUGAUGUCAGCCACCAGUUAGUCCAGUUAAAAGUCUGUGUGUCAUUUGCUUGUGGCCAUAAUUACCCCUUUCUAACUCCUUUUUAUCCCAUUCCUUAGGUUGUAUUUAGGAGUUUGUCUGUAUACAAACAGUUGUUUUUCAGCAAAAUAAAAAACUUAUCUCUUUGGUUUUCUGAAUAACACUCUUAAUUGCUUAAAUAUCUAUGUUGUGAUACAAAAAAAAUUGUCAAUUAAUAAAAAAAAAAAUCUUGAAUGCGACAGAUGUUCUGCCAAAUAAUAAAGGUAAAAUCACAGACUUGAAUAUACCCUAGAUGACGCAAAUGCAUUUACUUCGCGUUUCUGAACUCUGACCAAGCGUCGAGGUUGGCCGUCGCUAUUGACAGUCCACGCACGUCAGUUGUUGCAUUGCAGCCGAUAGUCCGUAAAAAAUUAAAAAAUGCCUCGUUGCGUGAUAAUUAACUGCCUCAGCCCAAAAAUUGCAAACACCCAAGGGCAAGAACAUAUUUCCUAUCACAGGUAUUAAGUAAUUUUAAAAUGAUAUUAUGCGUGAAUUCAUUUUAAACAAUUUUUCAAGUAUUCCAGGUUGUGUUUCCAAUGAUGUACCUAAGUAACUAUAAAUUAACGUUACAAAACUGUAUUUACAUUACAUUGCGCGUUUGCUUUGAGCGUUUGAUCUGAAGUUCAAGAGUAUAUGAAUAUCGGAACAGCGAUACUGUCGAGCAUAGCUACUACUUCGUGGUACAGCCCAUUUAUCAUUCGUCUGUCAAAUUUAGCGACUAGUGUUGUUCGUUCUACAAUAUCAAUAAUUGAUUCUAAUGAGCAGCAUCUGCUGCAAGUAAGGCUGUUUAAUAUUUUUUGCAACAAAACCACUGACGUAAACCGCUGUCUGGUUGUAGAAAUUUACUAAAUUUUCAUCCUCCUCCAAAUCUUCUGCCAAAUGCAGGACAGGCACGUCGUCCUCAGGGGAUAUCUGCUCGUGCGGUUCUUGAAUUUGUUGUUCAUUUAAGGUUCCUCCUUCUUUUUUCGUUCCAAAAACGACAUCGUGGAAAUCGAAAAUGAUUUGGUUGUCGUCUUGUUCACAAUUCGCACCGCGUAGUGCUGGCGUACUUAAGCGCGUCAAAAUUGACGAUUUUAAUGCUGAACCAAAAUGGUAGCAUGUCGGAAUCCUGUUUGUCGGACUACCUUAUUAAUCCAAAAAGAUUUUCCAGCGAAUCCUGGUUCAGUUGACGCAGGUUCAAAUAUUUCAUUCCUCUGGCGUUUACAAAAUCCCAUAUAUCAGAAAUUGAUAUUAUGUAUCCUUUAACACACCUAACAUUUUUCAAGGUAACAUUGUUGCCAGCUUUCAAAAAUUUGAGACUUUAAUUUUUCAUUAUAUGUUCUCCAUUUGUUAUGAUGAAAACUUGUUUUUGAUACGUUUUCUCGUUUAUUUUUUUUUAUGUCUUUGUAGCUAGCCGGAUCAUUAGUACAGUCAAAGAGCUGAUCUAAAUCUUCAAUAACUUCGGCAGUCUGCAUUAAUUCAUUUUUGGCAGUGUCAUCAACUGAUUCUGCCUGUAGUUUCAGUAUGGCUGAAACCGUAUUACUUAAUAUUUGUGCUGCUAGUUUAACUUUCCUUUUGCUUUUAUAUUUGGGCAGAACUGCUCGUUUCGAAAUUUUCAUGAAAUGGAGAGUGUUUAAAUUUUUCUCCUCGAGUUCGAUUAAAUGCUUCCAUUUGCCAUAUAGUGUAAAAAUGUUUGUUCCAUCAAUAAGGAAAUAAUUGACUGUAAUUGGCAUCAAUGGAAAUUCCGCUCAACCUCUUUAGUAAAUCCAAAGCACCCACAUUGAUAGGUCUUUGGUCGCAAACUGUACCAAUUACUAAGAAUCCAUGUUGAACGACUCUUUGUAUUAUUGUCUUAAUUAUGACCGACAGUCUUUCUGAACUGACAGUUUUUUUUUGUGAUGUUGUUAUACUUGUAUGUCUUUUCUAUCACGGAACAAUGGUGUUCCGAACCUUUGGGAGGUGUGCGCGGAUUCGUAGUCAACACGUACAGGCACUUUUGGCACUAAUUAAAUGUAAGGGGUACACCGAGCGGAUGCUGCCCUUGCCCAUGCCCAAUGCCCAUGGGACGCAGGGUGUAAGUUGAGUGUUGAUGGGAAAAAAGGAAUUAUAAUGGGUUUUUAAAUUCCUUUCUAUCGCUGAUUCUUCUUGGAUUUGCUUGUAUCUCGAAAUGACAUUUGAUGAGAAGAAACGUUGCAAGAAACUCAUUUUUUUUUAUCUAGCAUUUAUUGAUAUUGGCCUGCUUGACUACCUCGUUGUCUGUUCAAAUUCAGAUUAGGCCUGUAAUUAACUGAACGGAUUACCUUGAUAAAGCCGUCCUUUACUGCAAUCUCUCCCUAAAUAUAAAUAUGAUCCCACUGGGUAAUCGUUUUUGUUAACGGGCUCCCUCACGCCAAUGACCUUCGUACUGAAUCCCUUAGUUUUCUAAUGUUUUUUGUAGCUUAUCAUAUUAAUAGCAACGGCUUUAAGCAAUAUACUCGUAGUAUCCCAUAUUUACUUACCUACUUCAAAGUUCAUUGUCUUUGAGAAAUUUGGCAUCAAUUUUAGACUAAAAAACUGGCCAUAACAUUUGUGUUAAUAAGUUUAAAAUUAAAACUUUAAGACACGUUUUUCAAGAUUUCAAAACCGAACCUAAAUACGUGGGUUGUUUACGACUUUUACGAGGGUUGUUUGAGAAGUAACUUUGAUUAUGUACAUAAAAGGCGUAAAUUGAGAAAAUAAUAGCGCACCUCGUGUUAUAGCAAUCACCGGCAAAUUUUGCAGGCUGGGGUGCAAGGAAGGUUAUUUUUUUGCAUGACUAUCGGCUGGUUUCGCAUCCAAUUUUGCAUCCACACCUAUCCAGCUUCUUAACUGCAUGCCAUAUAUAGUCUAAUUCACUCAAUUAGCCUCUAAUGAAAGGUCUGGUCUUCUCUUCCAUCCCCACUUCUCUGGAGAUGGUCGGGUUGCUACGUGACUUAUAGUGCACGCCCCCAUAUUUCUCCAGCCAGGAGGGCAGCGGCAGUAGGAGGUAUUAAAGAGAGGGUCUUCUCGCCGGUGACAAACAUUUGGCGUCGAGCUUCAUUCACCUGUGUCAAAUCGCACCGGGGAUUGUACAUUUUGUUUGUGAACAUCUCCAGUGAUAUGAUAUGUUCGUCGGUAAUCUCUUUAACGGUAGGUGGGAGAACUAAACAUGUAAACGCUGCAGUGAAUGCAGGGUCCUUCCAUGCAGACCAGGCACUCCGCUUACCUUACCUGAAAAGAAUAACAUAAACAGGUAACGAACCAACUAUAUUAUAUUAUUUACAGCUAACCUGAAUUACUUACUUAAGGGCAAGGGCUAUACAGAUAUUCUAACAGAAACUGAGUCGCAAAAAGGCAACAGUGUUUGGUAGAAAUUACGUUCUGCUUUUCAAAGCGUGAAAGUUCGUUGUAGCUUCGUUAUAAAUUAUUUUAAUUUUGUUUGUUACGGAUUCCCUAAAGAGGUAGUUUUCGGUGUAAAUUUCAGUAUCUGAUAAGUUGCUCAUUUUUCCCACUGCCCUCUGCUGCAUACAGUGUAAUUUGUUGGGCUGUUUUAAGUAUAAAUCACAUUUAUUGUGCACUCCAAAGUUGUCAUUAUGUUAUAAAAGCGAUCUUCUGUAUCGUCGUCCAAGUCGUGUUUUGUCGUGUUCUGGGUCUAACACUGCUAAUUGAACGCAGAUAUCUUGAUAUUUUUGGAAAACGGUGUGCAGUUACGCUUUUCUAGUAGUUAAGCUAUAGUUAACAGUUUAGGAUCUUGUUGAUGGAACCUUUCCAUUUUUGUCAUGGAAGCUUUGCAUUGACCUCUGGAUGCUAUUAACUUCUUAAUAUUUUCGGCCGCCAUUAUGGCGUGUGCGCAGCGCGCACGCGGACACGAGAGUACCCAUUAGUUGUGUGUCUUGUAGCAAUACUGUAGCUUUUUAACAGGUUCCAAUGACUGAACUAUCACUUAAAUAACACUAAAUUUUUCUUCCGACAAGACAUUGAGCAUGGGCAUAGCCGUGCAGUAUUUUUAAGUCUGAAACUGUAUUUUUAACUAUGAAACUGAAAAAUACUGGUUUCAUCUGGCGCCCCACGUUGGGCGCCAGAUGUAACCAGGUUGGAGUGGUUUGCGAUUCAAACGGCGGAAUAACUUUUACUUUUAUAAUUGAAAUAAUUCGAUUACAGUACAGUACAGGAUGAAUUCUACGUCGACCAAGUAUUCGCGUGUUCUAUUUCGACGCCAGCGCCAUUUCUCGACAUAUAUUGUCCCUAAUGGCGUAGUUCCGCUACUCGUCACUGGAUGGCGUUAGUAGUGGUGUUACAGUAUCUUAUAAGAAAACCGCUACCGAUCUCGCUUUCUAACCUUUAGACUAUUAUUCUCCUACUUUAAAACAGUAGAAAAUAGUAAACAGCUUAUCUUGGUAGAUGCCCGUCUUUUUUAUAGUCCAGUCAAAAUUCUGUGAUUAACAUCAUUUUUCUUAGUGUUUUAUUUUCAAUAAUUUUACGGUAUAUCCAUGAUAAUUUUGUGUAAAUAUGACAUAUUUUUGAUAUUUUUAUAACUAUGACAAAGAAAAAAAUAAUUUUAUAAAUAAUAUGACAUGUAUUAAACUUGUGAGAUUGUGUAUUCAUAGAUUAUAAAAAAAUAUUGUAUGGUUACGGUUUGUACAAUGAAACUUCACGGUUGAUAUCAAAUUAUUGUAAGCACUGUCUAUAUCAACGAAACAGCCCACCGUGGCAAGCCCGUUGGUAUACCCAGUCUGGAUUCGUGACACUAGCCUAGUUAAAUUGUCCAUGCAAGAUCUGAAUCUCCUAAAACCUAUAGUCUCAUCUGAAAAAUGGUUUCCCUUUUCGAUAUACCAUUCUAGUCUACGUGUAAGAAUUGUGUGAGUGUGAAAUGUCUUGCAUGGACAGGACAGCAGAGAAAUUGGUCUAAAGGUCACAUCUUGCCUUAUGUCUGCACCGAGUUUCGGUAUAGGAACUAUUUGAACGCUGCGCCACUGUAUCGGGAGAAAGCUGCUAGAUAAAAACAUAUUAAAUAUAUUUACCAGUACAUGUUUGGCUACAUCUGGAAGAUGCCUAAUCAUAGAAUAACAUAUAUUAUCCAUGCCCGGUGCUGUAUCAGAUUGUUUGAUAGCGUUCUUUAAUUCAUGUACCGAAACUGGCGACGACAAACAUAUGUUAUUGCUAAUAGCAAAGGUAGGGGCUGCGGGUGUUACAUAAUCUGGUGCUAAACUAGAUGCUCAUCCUUCUCGCGACUUAUUGUUGUUCUAUGUGCUCUGUAGUCCUUCAGCCAUUUCAUUUUGUUCCACAU